AUGCCCUAUGGUUGGUCUCCAACAAUUCUGUUCUUUCUGCUCACAGGUCAUCUUAGUUACCCUUGGUGCGUCGGGAUUGAAGGUGUCGAGGAUUAUCCUCGGUUGUGCCGCAUGAGUCCCGAUUGGUUCAAUUGGGUGCAAGACGAAGAGGAGAGCAUCAGACAAAUUAAGGCGGCCUACGAUGCUGGAAUUAACGAUUUUGACACCGCCAAUAUAUAUUCCAACGGUCAAUCGGAGGUGGUCUUGGGAAAGGCUAUCAAGGAACACAAGUUUUCGCGGGACAAAAUCGUUGUAAUGACCAAGAUGCAAGCCCGUCAUGACGUAGUAAAAGCCGGAUACGUUCGGUAUAUUAGGAUGUCGAACUAUCGCGCUUGGCAAUUCCGUGUUAUGCAAAACUAUGUGCUGCACAAUCGUCUUACGCCUUUUAUUUCAAUGCAGAAUGACUAUAACCAUCUCUACCGUGAAGACGAGGACGAGAUGUUCCCAACGCUAACGUUCCAGCAUUUCGGGGUUGCUUCUGUACCUUGGUCAGCACUCGCUCGUGGAGCACUUGUGAUGCCCCUCAGCCGGCAGCUUGCGUUGCCUAAUGACGAUAGGUAUCUUUCCUUUAUGAUCGCUUCUUCCACCGUCCAUGAUGCGUUGCAGAAUCGUUGGAGGCCGCCAGGAAUGGCACAAUACGACCAUCAGGUGGAGGAGAUAGCUGAGCGAAGGCAUAUCACUAUGACACAAGUGGCCAUAGCAUGGUCUUUGGCUCGAGAAGGAAUUUGUGCCUUGGUUGUCGGCGCGUCUUCGACCGAUCAUCUCCUGAAUGCCUUGGGUAUCACAUUCCUUCUCUUCUUGCCUUCGCACGGAUACGGUAUAAACGUAACACUAACACCGGGAGAAAUUCAUUUUGUUGUCCAUCCGUUGAUCGUUGUCAGGAAGGAGAAUACUAUGAAACGAUGCAUGUGGAUAAGAAAAUUCAAGAGAACGACUGAAAAAAGAGAAAAUAAUGCGACGGGAAGCUAUACCUGUAGUUUAGGCCGUUUCACCAAUAUAUGGCGUUUCAAGCCUGGAAGCGGCCAUUGGGCGGAAGCCGCAGAGGACUUCCGGGUGUCUAGAUCGUCUGUGCCUCUUGGAUAA